AUGAGGAACGGCACGCUCAGGGUCGUCACCAUUCUCGAGGCGCCAUUCACCAUGAAAGAGACGACAGCGGACGGGAGUUACAAGUACACGGGCUUCUGUGUGGACAUGAUAAACGAACUGUCGCGCAUGCUCAAGUUUGACUACGACCUGUACGAGGUGCCUGACCGAACCUACGGUGCCCUGAGGGAUGACGGGACGUGGAGCGGGAUGGUUGGGGAGCUGGUAAAUGAUGAAGCGGACAUCGCCCUGGCCGCAUUCACUAUCACGUCAGAAAGGGAGCGGUACGUCGACUUUACCGAGCGUUACAUGGACUACGGUAUCGGCUUUCUCAUGAAACGGUCCAACAAAGAAAAACAGAACUACUUCGCCUUCCUGCUGCCCUUCCAGCCCGUGGUGUGGGCCUGCCUUCUGGCCGCCAUCUUUGUGGUCGCCAUCAUGCUUUUCAUUACUUCGCGCAUCCGGAUCAAACUGAACAUUGCAAAUCCGGGAAGAGACAAUGACCGGCAAUUCAACAUCCGAAAUUCCAUCUGGUUCGCCUACGGAUCUUUGGUCAGAAAAGGAGUGGAGCCGGCUCCGCGGUCCCUGCCGGUGCGCAUCAUGGCGGGUACAUGGUGGCUGUUCGGCCUGAUCGUCAUCUCCACCUACACCGCCAACCUGACUGCCUUCCUCACCGUAAAGCGCCUGGAGCAGCCCAUCAGGUCCAUCGACGACCUGGCCAAACAGACGGAGAUAGCCUACGGCAUUCCCACCGGCGGCGGCCUCUACAGCUUCUUCCGCAGCCAACAAGGCACAGGAACGAUCUAUGAGCUGAUGUGGAACUACAUGAACACUGAGCCCACAACCUUCGUCAAAGGACUGACAGGAGGGGUAGAAAGAGUCAGACAGGGAGAAUUCCUGUUCAUGUACGACACGCCCAUGCUGGAGUACCUCAUCAAGAAGGACCCGAACUGUGAGCUGAUGCUGGUGGGGAAGCCGUUCCGCCAGCUCGGCUACGGCAUCGCCACGCAAAGCAGCAACAGGUUGUCUCACGAGAUCUCGCUUGGAAUCCUGCACCUGAAAGAGAACGGUAAAAUCACGGAGUUGCGGGACCGCUGGUGGCCGAAGCAGGGAUGCUCCAUGGACGGCUCGGAGUCGGAGGCGGCCGCGGAGGGCCUGGCCCUGGACAGCUUUGUGGGUGUGUACAUCGUGGUGGCGGUGGGUGGCGCCCUGGCCAUGGUGGCGGCACUGGCCGAGGUGUCCUGGCACAGCUACUGUAACAACAGGCCUAGCGUAACCACGCAACAGGAGGACACAAACACUCAGGUCUCUGAGCAGAGAAAGCUGACAGAGGAGGUAUUACGGGGCAUAGACAACGGAACUCUACAGAUCCUCAUCAGAAAAACGCCCCCUGUAAUCGACACGUGCCCAGCUCACAACGGAGGGCCGCCAGACAUAAAGUCUGACGGCAAAUUCGUCUAAUUCGUGAGAACACAGAAGAACGGGACUCUAUAAUGAGCAGUGCUAUCAACUUCAAAGGCUGAGCAGAUCCAAGGCUGAAUGAAUUCAAUUGUUUUUUACCCGAUGGUGUUUUGCGUCUGAGCGAAGCAAAUGGUACCCGGUGUCAACUAUCUAUUCAGAAAACUACGUUGUGUGUGAACCGACAUGAUCGACCCUGAUGUGCAAGAUCGUCUGCCUGUCGAUACGUACACGGACCAAAGCGAUCACAGAACGACUGCUUCAGCUCUCUCCGUGUCUCAGAAGUGGUGAAGAAGAAUCUGCUACAGUAUUCAGACGUUGGUCUCUAAGAGAGUUCGUAAAGCAGGUGGUGACGUAAGCUGCACGUAACUUGGAAAUACCUUCUUAAUAUACAGGCUUACUUUUUUGCAUUGUGCAGUUCUGCCUUUGGAGAUGAGGAGACCAGGACGAAUGACUACCAGACACAAUGUCAGUGGAUGAAGGCCUUAAAAAUGUCGGUGGAUAUGAACAGUUCAGACGGACAUGGCAGUCUCUAACAUUAAGAUGCAGAGGGAUUCAAUGUAGAUGACAGCUAAUAUAAUUACUGGUCAAGCUUGCUGCUGAACUUCCAUGUAAUCCCGAAAUGACAGGUGACCAAAAGUACUCUAACUUGUACGUGGCUCUUCUAGCGUAGACAAAAAUGCAACCCUUCCUUCCUAAAGGCAAUUCCCAAAGUGUAUAAUGAAAUAUGCUACAUAUCAUAAUGUAGAACACGUUACCACAUGAUCUGAAAAAUGCUAAGUCCUGUAUAUGUUUGUCAAAGACAUGCGAUGAGGCAGUGAUCACGUCCUGUUGAAGUGGUUUGUUCAGCUACUGGUGAACCUCUGCUGGUUUUGUCUUAGACUUGAACCAAGGCAGCAG